AUGGCGAUGGCCAGGAAGCCUUCCUGCGCUCUCCCUCUCCUCCUUGUAGCCUUCCUCUGCUUGACAUGCUCUGUUUGUGCUCGCUUCGACGAUGACUACGACGAUCCGAGGUACGGCCCUGGGGGAUUCGGCCGUGGUCCCGGCUUUGAUCGUGGCCCAGGAGGCGGCUACGGGCGCGGUCCGCGCUUUGGACGUGGACCGUUUGGCCGUGACUGCCGCUUCGGCCGCUGCCGUGGAGGUGGUGGCGGACUUGGAGGCGGUGGAGGCUUCGGAGGUGGAGGUGGAGCUGGUGGUGGCCUUGGAGGUGGCGGCGGGCUUGGUGGUGGAGGAGGUGGUGGCCUCGGUGGUGGAGGUGGCGCAGGUGCUGGAGGAGGUUUUGGUGGUGGCGUCGGAGGUGGAGGUGGUGCAGGAGGCGGGCUUGGUGGUGGAGGAGGUGGUGGACUCGGAGGUGGCGGUGGCAAAGGCGGUGGCUUUGGCGCUGGUGGUGGCGUCGGAAGCGGAGCUGGUGGUGUUGGCGGCCUAGGUGGUGGAGGCGGCGGUGGACUCGGAGGAGGUGCGGGAGGAGGCUUCGGAGCGGGCGGCGGCGUUGGUGGUGGAGCCGGCGGUGGUGGUGGCCUUGGUGGCGGGGGUGGCGGCGGCAUGGGUGGCGGUGGAGGUGGAGGGCUUGGAGGAGGUAAAGGUGGAGGCUUUGGAGCCGGUGGUGGUAUGGGAGGUGGGGCUGGCGGAGGUGGCAGCCUUGGUGGUGGUGGCGGUGGAGGCAUGGGCGGUGGUGGCGGCGGCGGGCUAGGCGGUGGUGCCGGAGGAGGAUUCGGCGGCGGAGCGGGCGGUGGCGUUGGAGGAGGCGGCGGCGGCGGCAUGGGCGGUGGUGGAGGCGGUGGGAUGGGCGGUGGCGCCGGCGGCGGGUUCGGUGGCGGAGCAGGCGGCGGACUCGGUCAUGGCGGUGGUCUCGGCGGCGGCGGCCUUGGACACGGCGUUGGUCUUGGCGGAGGCGGUGGUGGCGGCCUCGGCAUCGGCAUUGGCGUCGGCGUCGGUGUCGGGUUGGGUGCAGGGGCAGGCGGCGGCGCCGGUGCGGGUGCGGGUGCGGGUGCUGGCGGCGGUGGGCGUUGA